AAUAUGAGCAGCGAAGUCUCACUGAUUGAUGCGCUGCGCUCAAUGAUCGGCGGCAAUACGCUGCUGAAGGCUGGCCGAGCGGGCAAGCCGCACUUUCGUCACUUCCGCCUCUCGCCUGACUUGCUACGCUUGCAAUGGGAAUCGCCAAAGAAAAACCUCGGAGAAUCGUCCGUGCUCGUUGCGGAAAUUUCCGAAGUGCUCAAGGGCCAGCAGACGCGCGUCUUCCAGAGCAACCGAAUGCCCGAAUUUGAGGAGCGGUCCUUCUCGAUUGUAUACCAAGGAAAUCGCACGUUGGACAUUAUUUGCAAGGAUCGUCGAGAGCACGAUGUGUGGAUUAGUGGUUUGCAGGCGCUGGUGAAUCGGGCCACGGGAGACAUUGAUCUAUCCCAGUUGCGUGCCACUGCCCCGGAAACCGACCAAAAGCUUCAAGUUGUGAUUGACAAGGGCUCGACACGAGUGCUCAUUCGCGAAGAUGCGUCGGAUGUGUAUACCUGGGGCGAAGGCACUCGCGGCAUGCUCGGCCACGGUGAGGAGGAUCCGGAGGCCAGCCCGCGAGUCGUCGAGGCCCUGCUUGGCCACGACAUCAAAAUGCUUUGUUUGGGCUCGGGACACACCAUGGCACUUGCUGUCAGCGGCGAGGUGUACUCGUGGGGCUUGGGUCUGGGUGGUCGGCUCGGCCAAGGCCGUGAGCGAGAUCGCUUCACCCCUCUGCGUCUGGCGGGCCUGCGAGGGUUUGACAUUACGCAUAUUGCUUGCAAUGAAAACCACUCUGUGGCUGUCGCAGAUAACGGCGAGGCUUACGUCUGGGGCCGAGGAAUUGAUGGAUCGCUCGGUGUCGAGGGAGACAAACACGUGUCUCCCACGCAAAUCCACGCUCUUGACGGGAAGCGUGUCGUACACGCUGCAUGCGGUGCCGCAUUCACACUAUUCGUGAUCGAGUCUGGCGAAGUGUACGCCUGUGGCAACAACGAACACGGCCAGCUUGGUAUCGGCUCCAACGAGGCGAUGAGUGAGCCCACGUUGGUCACGAAUCUACCAGAGCGUAUUGUUCGAAUUGCUUGCGGAAAUUCUCACGCUGUUGCUUUAUCAGAAACCGGUCGCCUGUAUGCUUGGGGUGCGCAUUCCAGCGGCCAACUGGGUGUCGGCGAGCCGUUAGAAGACCGCCUCUCACCAGUCCGUGUGGAAAGCAACGUAGUACGGGACGAUGUUGCUGACUUUGCCUGUGGUGGCAACCACACCAUCAUCCUGUCCAACAGCGGUCUGCUAUACGCGUUCGGAAGUGGCGCUCAGGGCCAGCUCGGACUUGGGCCGCUGGCGACGAAGAACCAAGCCACACCCGCUGCUCUGCCAAAUCCCGAAGGUCGUAAAUACACUGCAAUCUCUUGCGGGCAAGACAUUUCAGCUGCCGUUUCAGACCGUGGCAAGAUCUACACUUGGGGCAGUGGUGCCAGCAACGCUCUCGGCCUCCCCGACGGCCGCACCAAGUACGCGCCAACACUCAUCGAAAGCAUGGCCGACAAGCGCUGCAGGACGGUGGCUUGCGGCUUUUUCCACAUGGCUGCAACCAUCAUUCACGGCUGGGUACCAGACGACGAGGCCACGCAGUGCAUGGCCUGCAAGCUCAAGUUCACCACCAUUCGGCGACGGCACCAUUGCCGAAAGUGCGGUGGCAUCUUUUGCGGCAACUGCUCUGCCAAGAAAUUCCCCUUGUUGGAAGCUGGUUUUUCCGAAUCUGUUCGUGUGUGUGACAAGUGCUAUGUUAUUUUAUCGCGUGCUUGAGCCGGGAUGUUUGGUGUUUGUUGCGAGUGCUUGUUUAGUUCCAGUACACCUUGUUCAUACAGUGA